AUGGCGGCCGGUCUGGCGAACGUAGGACGAGGUCUUCUUGGUAUUUGGAGUCGCGGGAUUCAACCUUCCUCUGUUGUAGAUGUAAGAAGUUUCUUAUUUUUCUGAAUUUCUUUUAAGAGAUGUGAUAAUGUUUGAAAUUAUACUAAGAUGUUUAUGUUGAUGCAUGUGUUAUCAUCAAGUGAUGGGCUGGGCGGUCUUGUAUAAAGUAAGUUUAAAAUUAAUGAUAAUCUGAUUGCCCACAAAUAAGCUUGAGCUGAAGUAACAAACAGCCCUCCGAGCAGAGACUGCCUUCCUUUGCCAAUAUUAAACAAAGAUAUGAGUGAAAAACCCUUUUGUUAAUUUUUGUCAAGCAAAAUCUAAAAGCAGAACGUAUUAAAGCUUUUAACCUUUGUGGGAGAGUAUAUGUGUGGUGUGGUGGGAUACCAAGCUAAGAUACCCAAUUUCUUUGCCCAGAAAUACCAGUAUGCCUUAACUGCAAACUUGUUGAUCAUAGUAAUACCUCAGAUUACAUUCUAAUGCCGAAUACUAGUAUUACCAAAAACCCCUGGAUAAGUCUGAUCCACUGAUGUCUUAAUCAUAUUCCUGUAUCUUUACAUCCCCUAUGGGAGAUUAUACAGUAAUAAUUCAUUUAGGCUGAAAAUGAUGGUCGUUGAGAGGGAACUGAAGGACAGGUGGUUACUGAAGAUCUAAGUAAGCUUUACCUUGUGCUUCCAUUUCUUGCUUCACAAACCCUGUGACUAAGAUUUCAAGUUGCCAGGUAAAUACUACAAGAAGGCAGGGAAUUAUAAAAGCAGCUAGGGAUUUCUUUUGGUUGUAUUCUUCUUCUAUUUUCCUAUGGACGAAGUAGCUGGGGGUCACAUUCAUGGAAGCCAGAGGAAAUCCCCAGCCCUCCGCUCUUAUACUUAAUGACAGCCCUGCAAGCCUGUAUGAUGAGCACCAUGGUUUCUUUAUUCAGAGCUUUUGCACAUUGACCAGUUGUUUCACCUACGAGUCAUUUUGCUAAUGUCUUGUUCAGUAACAUCUUAUGUUGUUCUGUUUAAGAAGCGAAACGAGCGCUGCCCAUAUGCAUACCUCAUUCUCUCAGCCAUGAAGAAAAAAAAUGCAAUACGCAUGUAACACCUGUUUGUUUCAUACACUGAUCAGGCAAAAGCAGUUAGGGAACUAACCCAACACAUAAGCUAAACAACUUAAGACCAGGGUUCAAAAUAAAAUCACAGUUCUUAGCCUGAAUCUGUAGGCUCUUUUUAUCAAGGCUUAUUUUUUCCCAGCUGUCAAUAAUGAAUGAGCACAUCCCAUCAAUAGUCAACAACAGAAAAAGGAAGCUCUCUUUUUUGGUGUUUGUUCAAGCAUAAAAUAUGUGACUUUGUCUUGACAAACCUUCACACUUCUUUACUCACAAACCAGGGCAGAGCACAAACAUGGAAAAUAAUCUGUCAAGCAAAUAUGCAUACAAAACUAAAUUUAAUUUGAACUAGUGAAAAGGCUUCGCAAACGGCACUAAACAAGUUUUUGUUCAAAAUAAAUCUUUAUUACUUGUACCUGUGCAGAAACAUAAGGUCGGUAAUUAAUGCAACAGUUUGUUUGUCUAGACAAACUUGCAUGUUUCACCCUUGAAUGAAUAACUGUGUAAAUUUAGUUGUUCAUGGUGAACAAGAAUUCUCUUUUUCAACUUUUGCAGCAUGUGUUAAAUUUCCAGACCUUUUUCUCCUCUACCCUCAUUGUAAAAUGUUUCCAAAAAGUUUUUAGAUUUUUGGCUGCUUUAUUGUCUGAUAUGAAAUGUUUAUCACAACAUUACAGCGACUUUCAUUUCAGUUGGUCAAUCAAAGCAUGACAUUUCUGUUUCUUGUGUGAAAAGUCACUGGCAAGUGUGGUCAAAGUGCUGGCUGCCACCUGCAAGUGGCUGCUAUUUUGAACCCUGUUAAGACGUUAGUGAAGUGGUUGUUGGCGAAAUGACUGUAAAGCUUUUGCACAACCCUGAAUAUCCAACUGAAAUUGAUGCUUUGUUUAAUGCACCACCGCUUUUAACCUGAGUGCCUUCCCCUCUCAACAAACAUACAUGAAUGGUAGCUUAUUUUUGUCAGUAUUGCAGAUGGGUAUUACAAGUUCAAAUGAUUAUUGAUACACCAGCACUUUAAUACUGCUUAUAAAAACACAUUAAUUUUUGCUUAUUGUUUAUUAGACAAUACACAAAAGCAAAUUUGUGAUGUUCACAGCAAGGAGUUAUACAUGUUUAACAGGUAUUUUUGGCAAACUGUAUAUUUUUUUAAUUCUUGUGUACCUGCAUGAUUGUAUCAACUAGAUUUAGUUGCUAGAGCCCUGUUUAGCUAAAGUUUAAUUUUUAGAAAAAACCCAUAAGCUAAACAAAAACACCUUUAAGAUAAUAGUUGCAGCCUCUUUUUAAUAUUGUUGGCAUCAAAACUGUUGACUGACUGUUUUUAAAAUCAGCUGUUUGGUAGGCUCAGCCAGAUAUCUCUUUUGAGGCAUUGUCCAGCCUGAAAGAUGAAAUUUAUUGGCUUUUCACAUACUCACACUCAAACACUUGAUUAACAAUUGACAUACAAGAAGUCUGUUUCUGCCUGCAAAUAGCAAGUAUUAGUCAAGGUGGGCAGAGACACAGGGGUACAACAGUCAGUGAUAAACUAGAAUGGUUAGUAAAAAAUAAAUAAAUUAAUAGANACAAACUUGCAUGUUUCACCCUUGAAUGAAUAACUGUGUAAAUUUAGUUGUUCAUGGUGAACAAGAAUUCUCUUUUUCAACUUUUGCAGCAUGUGUUAAAUUUCCAGACCUUUUUCUCCUCUACCCUCAUUGUAAAAUGUUUCCAAAAAGUUUUUAGAUUUUUGGCUGCUUUAUUGUCUGAUAUGAAAUGUUUAUCACAACAUUACAGCGACUUUCAUUUCAGUUGGUCAAUCAAAGCAUGACAUUUCUGUUUCUUGUGUGAAAAGUCACUGGCAAGUGUGGUCAAAGUGCUGGCUGCCACCUGCAAGUGGCUGCUAUUUUGAACCCUGUUAAGACGUUAGUGAAGUGGUUGUUGGCGAAAUGACUGUAAAGCUUUUGCACAACCCUGAAUAUCCAACUGAAAUUGAUGCUUUGUUUAAUGCACCACCGCUUUUAACCUGAGUGCCUUCCCCUCUCAACAAACAUACAUGAAUGGUAGCUUAUUUUUGUCAGUAUUGCAGAUGGGUAUUACAAGUUCAAAUGAUUAUUGAUACACCAGCACUUUAAUACUGCUUAUAAAAACACAUUAAUUUUUGCUUAUUGUUUAUUAGACAAUACACAAAAGCAAAUUUGUGAUGUUCACAGCAAGGAGUUAUACAUGUUUAACAGGUAUUUUUGGCAAACUGUAUAUUUUUUUAAUUCUUGUGUACCUGCAUGAUUGUAUCAACUAGAUUUAGUUGCUAGAGCCCUGUUUAGCUAAAGUUUAAUUUUUAGAAAAAACCCAUAAGCUAAACAAAAACACCUUUAAGAUAAUAGUUGCAGCCUCUUUUUAAUAUUGUUGGCAUCAAAACUGUUGACUGACUGUUUUUAAAAUCAGCUGUUUGGUAGGCUCAGCCAGAUAUCUCUUUUGAGGCAUUGUCCAGCCUGAAAGAUGAAAUUUAUUGGCUUUUCACAUACUCACACUCAAACACUUGAUUAACAAUUGACAUACAAGAAGUCUGUUUCUGCCUGCAAAUAGCAAGUAUUAGUCAAGGUGGGCAGAGACACAGGGGUACAACAGUCAGUGAUAAACUAGAAUGGUUAGUAAAAAAUAAAUAAAUUAAUAGAACUUUAAUUAACUUUAACAACACUUUGGGAUGUCAUUUAUUAGAGGGUUUACUGUAGAAACAUUGACCACAGAAAACAUGCAUGAUUUUCCACUAACAAGGAAAGGUGUCCAUUUUGUAUAGGUAGUCAUACAACAUCAAGUUUAAUUUAUUAUUAGCAAUUAAUGAAUGAGGCUGAGUAGGAUAUGAAGAAUUAAGCAGAUGGAGGAGGGUGUUAUCCACUGAGGCCAAAGGCCAAGGUGGAUGACACCCUCCAAAGUCUGCUUGAUUCUUCAUAUCCUACGAAAGUUGAAUUCAUUCAUUGCUUUAUUAUUCAUUCAAAAUAGUUCCUAGUUUAAAAACAUAGCUUAAACUUGCUUACCGGUGUUGAUGUUAAGUUCAUCUUUGAUAGUGUACGUUUUGGUUUGUCCUGCUCCGCAAAUACAUGUAUUCUCCAAAUAGCAGAUGUUGCCCUCUGAGUUGUCUUCUUGCUGUUUUUGCCAUGGUUUUAGCUGUUAUUUUGCCUCGUUCCAGCUGUAGUUCUCACUCUUGAAACAAGUGAAAUGUCCACUAUUUUUUUGUUCACAACCAAAACAACUCAACCUUGACCCCAAGUCUUCUCGGUUAAUGGUGCCUUAACCUGUAGCAUGCUGCAAUUUGACGUCAUUUCCUCGUUAAACACAGAAUCUUUCCAAAUUUGGUCAUCAGUGACUGGUUAUGGUGAAUUAUGCAUGUGCUUUUAGCCCAUCAGAAUUGAGGAAUCAUUUUGAAUGAAUAACAAUAUUAUUUAUUUGCAUGAAUGCGUUUUUAAAAAAGUAUCACUAUGAAACUUAAAAGGCAAUGGCAACAGCAAUGCACAAUGUGUGUGUACAAUGUGUUUUUACAUUAACACAUCAAGACUGAAUCAAAACCAAGGUUCUUUUGUUAGGUUCGGAGCUAAGCUGUGGAACUCGAUUCAUGAUGAAGCCCGUUAUCUCCUCAAGAGAGCUUUUAAAAAACAUAUCAACUAUAACUGUUAGAAGUGGUUGAUUUUGUCGACAAAAUUUACCGUUGCUUAAGGGAGGGGGGAUGGGUGCUGACAGGAGAUGACCUGGUCUCAUGGGUCUCUUCUGGCUACAGGUCUGACACGUUUUCUUAUUGCUUACAAUUACAUUAUUAUGAGCAGUGACAUGGCGACACUAAAAAUUCCUCUUAAAUUCUGAGGUGCAUUAUUCCAUUUAGCCCAGAACUGCCACUUGCACCUUUCUUUUGGUUCUAUUUUCCUUUUUUUCCUAUGAAAGUAACUGGUGGUCAUACAUAUAGUGGCCAGGGAGAUCCCUGCCCUCCAGCCCUUAGUGACAGCCCUGUUAACAGCAAACUUAGAGAUAUCAUGGGGCCUUAUUUCCCAGUGGGGGUGAAGUGGUUGAGUGAGUGAGGUGGGUGGGUGGGUGGGUGAGUGAGUGAGUGAGUGAGUGAGUGAGUGAGUGAGUAAGUAUAGGCUAUCAUAAGACCAAAGGCCAAGUGGUCCUUUGCAGGAGUUUAGACGGAAUGGAACCUAAAGAGGAUACAGUUAUUGAUUAUAGCUGGUUGUUUAUGAGAGGUUCUAUUUACAAGAGGUUGCUGAAAAUGAAGGUUUGGCUGUACACUCAAAUAUAAACUCUACUUACUGGCACCUCCAUAAUACAGACACCAGUCACAAAUGAAAAGUUCUUUUGGUCCCAAACAUACUAAACUUCAUACUUGCACAAUCCCCUACUCUAUAAUACGGUCCUCUGUAAUGUAAACACUUGACAUAAAGGAGGUUAACUGUACUUGUACCCCUUUCAUAAAAAGCAAUGCAAAAUAUGAAAUGAAUUUUUGCAUUUUGUGAAUCAUUGUCUUACAGGUGGUCUUCAGCCAGUUGCGAGAAAUCUUCGAUAUGUGUCCAAUAAUGUGAGCAUCUCAUUUGUAUGGAAUUCAUUGCAACACACCCGAUCAGUGUACAAUCAGAGACGCUUUCCUUCUGCGGCUAUAUUGUUCCAUCAACAACCAGGAUCGACAGCACAGUCUCUUAUGUUUACGGCUCUAAGAAAUAAGACUUGUCCUAAUCAAGAACUGCAAGGAUCUUUUGGUGCAAGAUACCUUCCCACCCUUAAUCAAUACCGACGAGGUAAAGCGAAAACUAAGAAUGACAUUGCUGAGAAAUUUGUACCAAAAGAAAAGAAAAUUCUUCUGGGUCCACAGAGAAAAGGAGUUUGUCUUAAGGUAUUUACACGUAAACCAAAGAAACCCAAUUCAGGAAACAGAAAGUGUGCGCUGUUGAAACUCAGUAAUGGCAAGGUUAUCACCGCGUAUAUUCCUGGUGAACGAGCCGUGUUGCAGGAACAUGGAGUUGUGUUAUUUGAGGGGGGAAGAGUUCAAGAUUGCCCUGGGAUAAAAUAUAAGAUAAUUAGACGCAAAUAUGACAUGAAUUAGCUUGGGUACUGACGUUGCUUUUGAAACUCGUGAAACAAAUUGUGACUGAAACACUUUAAAAUACUUCUUCUAUUAUUCAUAAGUUGGAGUGUCGCUUCCGCUUUGGCCGACAAAUUAUGAGGCCAUUAGAAAAAACAGGCUCGUACAUGUACCACUAGAAACACUAAUUUUAAGUAACACUCGUACUAGAGCUAGUUAACAUACUAGUAGCCAAUUGCUUGGUUUAAAAUAUAAAAAACGUUUCUUUGUCUUUGACCUCCUCAUUUACGGUUGAAUUUGUGCUUUUGUGAGGCAUUUGUCAUUUCAUGUUCGGAAAGCUUAGAUUUUAAACAAUUGCCCUAAUCCCCGAGAAUAAGGCAUAAAACUCACAAUUGGGCCACCCCUUGCGGAGAAAAAAAAACAUGGAGGCCGUUUUGAAAAGCAAAAAAUUUCAGGAGUAACUCUCAGAUUUCUUGCUUGAAGCGGUGGAAAAAAUGACAAAUUCCCCACUCCCGAGCAGGAUAUUGGUGGCGAAGAACGCACGACUUAGCACAUGCCAGGAGGGAUGGGGUGAGGAUGGACACGCAUUGAAUUUCCCUUAUCUUAAUAACGUAAAAAGCCACUCUGCAAAAUCUGUCAUCCCUAAAACCCUUUGUAGAGUAGAUGGGAAUGACACAUUUGAAGCGGAAAUGCAUUUGUAAUGUUUUUAGAAAAGGUUCCUUGAGAAAGCGCUGGCACAAUAUUUUCU